AUGCUUUUCCCGGUUCUUCACAAGUGGAUGAGGAAUAUUUCUCCGGUGAUGCUGCUGCUGGUGCCGGUAUUGUGGUUUUUACCUCUGACAGGAGCGGCUCCUUCCCUGACUACCGAGCAGCUGGAUAUGGGGGUGGACUGGCUGAGCAAGUUUGGCUACCUCCCACCCCCUGACCCGGUGACUGGGCAGCUUCAGACCAAGGAGGCCCUGACCAAGGCCAUCAAAGCCAUGCAGAAGUUUGCAGGGCUGAAGGAAACCGGAGUCUUCGACCAAGCCACACUGGGCCUAAUGAAAACACCCAGAUGUUCUCUACCAGAUGUGUCUGAAGCUGAAGUGACAGUGGGCCGCAGGAAACGAAGCUUGACUCCUCCAAACAAAUGGAAUAAGAGACAUCUAUCCUGGAGAGUAAGAACCUUUCCUAAAGAUUCAGCCUUACUGGGCAGGGACACUGUUCGAGCCCUGAUGUACUACGCCUUGAAGGUCUGGAGUGACAUUGCACCGCUUAACUUCCACGAGGUGGCAGGGAGUGAUGCAGACAUCCAGAUCGACUUCACUAAGGCUGACCACAAUGAUGGAUAUCCCUUUGAUGGACCAGGGGGCACCGUGGCACAUGCUUUUUUCCCCGGAGAGAGGUUCACAGCUGGGGAUACACACUUUGAUGAUGAUGAAGCCUGGACAUUCAGGUCACCAGACUCUCAUGGGAUGGACCUGUUUGCAGUUGCAGUUCAUGAGUUUGGUCACGCUAUCGGCCUGGUCCACACCUCAGCCAUGGAGUCCAUCAUGAGACCAUACUACCAGGGUCCUGUAGGAGACCCUUUGAAAUACGACUUACCCUAUGAAGACAAAGUCCGCGUCUGGCAGCUCUAUGGUGUCCGAGACUCAGUGUCCCAUACAAAUCGACCAGGCAACCCCUCCCAGACGGCUGAACCACCUGUCCUGCUGGACCUCCCUGAAAACAGAUCUACUCUUCUGCUGGCGCGAGAUGCCCCAGACAGAUGCACCAGUCACUUUGAUGCAGUGGCCCAGAUACGAGGGGAGGCCUUCUUUUUCAAAGGAAAGUACUUUUGGCGCCUAACUCGAGAGAAGCACCUGGUGUCUCUGCGUCCUGCUCAGCUCCAUCGUUUCUGGAGGGGCCUACCAGCCAAUCUUGACAGCGUGGAUGCCGUGUAUGAAAGGCCUGGGGAUCACAAAAUAGUCUUUUUCAAAGGUCUAAAAUAUUGGAUUUUCAAAGACAACAUCAUGGAGGAGGGUUACCCACGUCCCAUCAGUGACUUUGGCCUACCCUCAGAAGGUGUGGAUGCAGCUUUUGUUUGGCUACACAAUGACAAAACCUACUUCUUCAAGGGCAACCACUACUGGCGCUAUGACGACCACCUGAGACGUAUGGAUCUGGGCUACCCUAAAGACAGUACACUUUGGAAAGGGCUGCCUACAGAACUGGACGAUGCUAUGAGGUGGUCUGAUGGCUCGUCCUAUUUCUUCAAAGGGAAGGAAUACUGGCGAGUCCCAGGCAGUGACAUGGAGGUGGAGGCAGGAUACCCCCGCCUCAUUGCUAAAGACUGGCUGCUGUGCACUGAGAUGCAGUCGGACUCUCCAGACACAGAGCCCAAAAGCACAGAGACGAGAGUCAACGUGCACCAUCACCCAGACCACGCAGAGAAUGGAUACGAGGUGUGCUCCUGCACCUCUGACACUGCCUCACCUUUAGGUGCCCGCCUCUCCCCAUCUCCCAUCUGGCUGCUGCCACCUUUUUGGACGUUCUUACUGGCCCUUCGCUCUGAACUGCUAUGA